CGUUGAAGUCCGUUCAAGUUCAUAUCGGGUAAAGCGCUUCUCACAGGUACCGCUACUCCUCUAAAGCAAGUCAGACUGAGUCACGCUCGGUCACUUAAGGAUUUUGACAAAACUGACAGUUAAGCGGGCUUUUAUCUAUAGUGCUGGUAAAAACACAGAAUGGCUGCACUGCGUCGUCUGAAGCAGUGCCACUCCGCGGGCAUCACUAUCUCUCAACUUCACACAAGCAGCCGUGUCUUUGCCAAACAGCAUUACAAAAUGCUAGUGCUUGGAGGAGGGAGUGGGGGAAUUGCAAUGGCUGCUCGAAUGAAGAGGAUGAUGGGAGCUGAGAGCGUGGCUGUUGUGGAGCCCAGUGAGAUGCACUACUAUCAGCCGAUAUGGACCCUGGUUGGUGCUGGUGCGAAAACUGUCGGCUCAUCAGGUCGGCCAACAGCAAAUGUUAUGCCAUCAGGGGUGAAGUGGGUGAAAUCUAAAGUUCAGGAAAUAAAUCCAGAUACAAAUACUGUCCGCACAGAUGAUGGCACUGAAAUCUCUUAUGAGUAUUUGAUUGUGGCUCUUGGUUUACAACUCCAUUAUGAGAAGAUAAAAGGACUACCACAGGGGUUUGAACAUCCAAAUAUUGGGUCAAACUACUCAGUUCAAACUGUGGAGAAAACAUGGAAGGCACUGCAGAACUUCAAAGAAGGCAACGCUGUGUUCUCUUUCCCAAAUACUCCUGUGAAAUGUGCUGGAGCACCUCAGAAGAUCAUGUACCUCUCAGAUGCUUUUCUCAGAAAGACAGGAAAAAGGGCAAAGGCCAAUUUAAUCUACAACACAUCCCUACCUGUACUCUUUGGGAUCAAGAGAUACGCUGACUCUCUUUGGGACAUUGUGAAACAACGCGACCUACAAGUGAACCUUAGACAUAACCUGAUUGAAGUGCGGGCAGACAAGAAAGAAGCUGUGUUUGAAAAUCUUGAUAAACCAGGCGAAACCAAGGUGUUUGAGUAUGAAAUGCUUCAUGUCACACCACCAAUGGGACCUAAUUUGGUGGUAAAAGGCAGCCCACUGUCUGAUGAGGCUGGCUGGUUGGAUGUAAACAAAGACAACCUACAGCAUAAGAAGUAUCCAAACGUGUUUGGGAUAGGAGACUGUACCAACCUGCCCACAGCUAAAACGGCUGCUGCUGUCGCUGCACAGUCUGCUAUCUUAAACAGAACCAUCAGCAAAAUUCUGAAAAAUGAGAAGCCUGAUAAGAAGUAUGAUGGCUACACCUCAUGUCCAUUGGUUACAAGCUACAACACAGUCAUUCUGGCAGAGUUUGACUACAAUGGACAACCACUGGAAACAUUCCCCAUCAACCAAGCCAAGGAAAGAAGAAUAAUGUACUACAUGAAAGCUGAUGUGAUGCCUCACCUCUAUUGGCAUGGUCUUCUCACGGGCCUAUGGGGUGGACCAGGACCAUACAGGAAACUCCUACAUCUCGGAAUGAAAUGAAACCUCACCAUCAGUUUGCAUGUUAAGAGUUAAAUUUCCUAAAUCUUUCAUAAUCUCUAAAAGAGUAGGAGCACAAAGUGGGUACUACAUUGGUUAUAUGAUCAGAGCAUGGAUCAAGUGGCGCUUUUGAUGUUACCGUAGAAUAAAAAGACUCCUUGUAAUUAUAAAGGGUUGCUUAAAGUGCAGAAUCUGCUGAGAAUUAACACUCAAGUCUUGCUGCUUUCCUCAAACCCAUUAUUCACCCAGCAAUGAGGAUUUUAUGGGAGCCUAGAACGAAAUUUUGCUGGAGAUUACUCCAUGUGCCAGUAUAUUUUUAGAAGCCAGUAGAUUUCAUAAACAACACACAGCCAAGUUGGAGUUAGUUGGACUCUUGCAAUGUUUACUCAGCUUCUCUGCAGGGUGUACAGUCCAUGUUGCCCACAUUAAUCCAAUUAACUGACCCAAAAUUGCUAUAAAAAAAUUGUGACCGCUUUGCCUUUUAUGUGCUAAUUGAAGUAUAAAUGAGCAAAGCAAAAUGUUGAUAUACACUUCUGUUUUGGUAUGAUUACGAUUGAUUGUUUUUGCAGGAUGUUGAGGAUUUGUGCUACCAGAAGGCUUGUAUGAAUAGUUAUUUUGGGGAAUGACUGACCAUUCAAUUUACCAUGAGUGCUUUUUCUUAAAUGUGAAAAUCAAUGUCAGGGAUAGUUUUGUACGGAAUGAUUGUAUUUUUUUAUAUCAAUGAUUAACAUCUCGAUGAUAGUCGGUGCUAACAUUAUUGUUGCCUUUUAUUCAAAAAAAUGACUGUACACUUAUAAAUAUUCUGUUAUUAUGCUACUGAGGUCAAACUGACAUUGCUGAUGACAAAUAUAUGAUCAUAAAUAUAUUUUCAAUAUAG